AUGGCAAAGCCGAUACCAGCUGAUUUCGAUCUUCGGCAUUUAUCUAGAGACGUAAAACCAGAAGAUAGCUACUUUGAGAAAACACUUAAUAAUUUUAGUAAAGGCAAUGGUAAGGAUUUAGUUUUAGGAACCAUAAGUGGGUGGAUAACGGGAGUUGGAGUAAUAAAAGUUGGCAAAACAGCUGCCGUAGGCCUUGGUGGAAGUAUAUUGUUACUCCAUUUUGCUACGGAAUUAGGAUAUUUGUGUGUAAACUGGGAAAAAGUAAGAGAAGCUAUGAGUUAUAGUCAAGAGUUGAUGGAUGCUGUACUGCGGUUCGUGAGAAAAAAUAGCUGUUUCUCUGUCGGAUUCGUUGGCGGUUUCUUCUUUGGCGUAGGAUCAACGUGA